UACUGCAUGUACACUGCUCUCCAUCUUUUCAAUUUCCACCAUUAUUCAACAUAUAUGGAUCUUCAUCAUCAUCUUCUUCUUUCUCUUGCCAUCAUUUUCUUGUUCACUUCAAGCAAUAAUGCUCAAGCUCCACCUUCACCUGGCUACUACCCCAGCACCAAGGUUGGUUCCCUAGGAUUCAACCAGGGUUUUAGGAACCUCUGGGGUCCUGAGCAUCAAUCUCUCGACCAAGGAACAUUGUCAAUCUGGCUUGAUAAAACUCAUGGAGGGAGUGGCUUUAAAUCUCUCAAAUCAUAUGGCUCUGGUUAUAUUGGUGCCUCCAUCAAGCUCCAAGCUGGUUAUACUGCUGGAGUCAUUACAUGUCUCUAUCUUUCGAACAUAGAACAACAUCCAAAAGAGCAUGACGAAAUAGACAUUGAGUUCCUGGGAACGACGCCGGGUAAGCCAUACACCUUGCAGACUAAUGUGUACAUGAAAGGAAGCGGAGAUGGCGGAAACAUUAUCGGACGUGAAGUCAGAUUUAACCUCUGGUUCGACCCCACCCAAGAUUUUCACCAUUAUGCUAUCCUCUGGAAUCCUUCAGAGAUCAUAUUUUUCGUAGACGAUGUGCCAAUCCGAUACUAUCCGAGGAAGAGCGAUGCAACAUUUCCACAAAGAGCAAUGUAUGUGUACGGAUCAAUCUGGGAUGCGUCAUCGUGGGCGACGGAGAAUGGGAAGUACAAGGCUGAUUAUAGAUAUCAACCCUUUAUUGGGAAGUACAAGGAUUUCAAGGUUACUGGUUGCGCGGCCAACACUUCCACCGCAUGCCGACCAAUUCCUGGCUCCCCGACGGGCUCGACCAGGCUAAGCAACCAGCAAAUUGCGGCCAUGGCAUGGGUGCAGAAGAAUCAUAAAGAGUACGACUAUUGUCAGAAUACCAACAGAGACCACACCCAAACACCCGAGUGUUAGAAGCUCUUGAGAUGGGCUACACUUGGGGUUGGGAGGGGGGGUCCUACAACUUGUGAAAUAUGUGUAGAGUUUGUGUGUGUAUGUAUGUAUAUAUAUGGAAAAUGUUAGACAUACUCUAAGGAGUAUAACUCUCGCUAUGUGUGCAUAUUUUAUUCGAUAAAGA